AAUUGAUUUAGUGAAAGCAUAAUUAUUAAAAAUAAAGAUAACUAACUUUUCCUUGACUUGUAUUGUGUCACGUUCUUAGUACAAAGUUAACGACCACCGUUUUUUAUGCGCGAAUUGAAUUUCAUUCUUCUCUUACCGGCUAAAAAAAGUAUAACUAUAAUUAAAGGACUACAUUUCUUUCGACAAUAAAGCCGUUGAUUGCCAAACUUAAAAAGAAAUAAUAAUAUUUUUGCUAUUUAACAGAGUUGUUGUAGUAGUAUUUAUUUUGAUCACAUUCCUUGUGUUUUGGGUGUGGGACACAGAGAUUACAUUUCAGACAUAAUUUACAUUACUCCUUUACUGGAAGCGGUGUUGUGUGAACAUUCAGAAAAAAGCUGUUUUGCAUUACGUCUUAUAAAUUGGUCUACUCAGCAGUCAGCACUGAAUGAGUAGAGUGUGAGACUUUAGUGCCCUCAACACCGAGUUUAAUUGACCUACUUGCCACCUUCACCACUCUCUUCUCUUUGGAUACCAAAACCACAGCACUCAAAGCAACAGCACACCACACACCCUCUCUUUCAUUCUCUGUUGUCUUCUACAGCGUUUGGGAAAACAUGGAAACCACCUCGGUUUCCAAAUUGCCGUUUGCAUUCUUCUGCUUGGCAUUGUGGUUGGGUUAUCAGCUGCAGCGGGUUCACUGUACCGUUGCUUACGACCGAAAGGCCAUCCUUAUCAAUGGCCAAAGGAGAAUCCUUUUCUCAGGCUCCAUACAUUACCCCAGAAGUACCCCAGAUAUGUGGGAAGAUCUGAUUUUCAAGGCUAAAGAGGGGGGUAUAGACGUCAUUGAAACCUACGUCUUUUGGAAUAUUCAUGAGCCUUCUCAAGGCAAUUACAACUUUGAAGGAAGGUAUGAUCUGGUGAGGUUUGUGAAGACAGUACAGAAAGCGGGGCUAUACGCUCAUCUUCGCAUUGGACCUUAUGUCUGUGCAGAAUGGAAUUUCGGAGGAUUUCCUGUUUGGCUCAAGUAUGUUCCGGGCAUUAGCUUUAGAACAGACAAUGAACCUUUCAAGAAAGCAAUGAAAGGGUUUACUGAGAAGAUUGUGGGAAUGAUGAAGAGUGAAAGUCUCUAUGAAUCCCAGGGUGGUCCUAUUAUACUCUCUCAGAUUGAAAAUGAGUAUGGGGGACAGAGUAAAUUAUUUGGACCUGCUGGCCAAAAGUAUGUGAACUGGGCUGCAAAAAUGGCUAUUGAAACGGGAACAGGGGUCCCAUGGGUGAUGUGCAAGGAAGAUGAUGCACCUGAUCCAGUGAUAAACACAUGCAAUGGCUUUUAUUGCGAUUAUUUUACUCCUAAUAAACCCUAUAAGCCUACAAUUUGGACAGAGGCUUGGAGUGGCUGGUUUACCGAGUUUGGAGGUCCAAUUCAUGAAAGACCUGUUCAGGAUUUGGCAUUUGCUGUUGGCCGAUUCAUACAAAAAGGAGGAUCCUUUGUAAACUACUAUAUGUAUCAUGGAGGAACCAAUUUUGGCCGAACAGCUGGAGGCCCUUUCAUCACUACAAGUUAUGACUAUGAUGCUCCACUGGAUGAAUAUGGUUUGAUUAGACAACCAAAGUAUGGUCAUCUAAAGGAGCUUCAUAAGGCUAUCAAGAUGUGUGAGCGGGCUUUAGUUUCAACUGAUCCUGUUGUUACUUCAUUAGGGAACUUCCAGCAGGCUCAUGUAUACUCUACAGAAUCUGGAGACUGUGCUGCUUUCCUUGCAAACUAUGAUACAAAAUCUUCUGUUAGGGUGAUGUUCAACAAUAUGCACUAUAACUUACCUCCUUGGUCCAUCAGCAUCCUCCCUGAUUGUAGAAAUGUUGUUUUUAAUACAGCAAAAGUUGGAGUGCAAACAUCUCAGAUGCAAAUGUUGCCAACAAAUACUCGGAUGUUUUCAUGGGAGAGUUUUGAUGAAGAUAUUUCUUCUCUAGAUGAUGGCUCUGCCACAAUCACUACUUCUGGUCUCUUGGAACAGAUAAAUGUAACACGGGAUUCAAGUGAUUAUCUUUGGUAUAUAACUAGUGUUGAUAUAGGUUCAUCCGAAUCCUUUCUCCAUGGUGGCAAACUCCCCACUCUCAUUGUUCAAUCCACAGGCCAUGCAGUGCAUGUUUUUAUCAAUGGUCAACUUUCUGGUUCUGCAUAUGGAACAAGGGAGGAUAGGAGAUUCAGAUAUACUGGCCCGAUAAACCUUCGUGCUGGAACAAACAAAAUAGCUCUACUCAGUGUUGCUGUUGGACUUCAAAACGUGGGAGGACAUUUUGAGACUUGGAACACAGGAAUCCUUGGUCCAGUUGCACUCCGUGGACUUGACCAAGGAAAGUUGGACUUAUCUUGGCAGAAAUGGACUUACCAGGUUGGGUUGAAAGGAGAGGCCAUGAAUCUUGCAUCUCCAAAUGGUAUCUCUUCGGUAGAGUGGAUGGAUUCAGCAUUAGUUUUAGAUAAAAAUCAACCAUUGACAUGGCACAAGACUUAUUUCGAUACUCCAGCAGGAGACGAGCCAUUGGCAUUGGACAUGGAAGGUAUGGGUAAAGGUCAAAUAUGGAUUAAUGGGCUGAGCAUUGGAAGAUACUGGACUGCUCCAGCUACCGGUAAUUGCAAUGGUUGCAGCUACGCUGGCUCAUUCCGCCCUCCAAAGUGUCAGGUUGGUUGUGGCCAACCAACCCAACGAUGGUACCAUGUACCUAGAUCAUGGUUGAAGCCAAAUCAUAAUCUGUUAGUUGUCUUUGAGGAACUUGGGGGAGAUCCUUCAAGAAUUUCACUUGUAAAGAGAUCAGUGGGAAGUGUGUGCGCUGAUGUGUCUGAGUACCACCCAAAUAUUAGGAAUUGGCACAUUGAGAGCUUCGGAAAAUCAGAGGUGUUCCAUCCUCCAAAAGUUCACUUGCAUUGUAGUCUUGGCCAGGCCAUUUCUUCCAUUAAAUUUGCAAGCUUUGGAACUCCUUUGGGGACCUGUGGGAACUAUGAGCAGGGAGUUUGUCAUUCUCCCGCUUCCUAUGCCAUCUUAGAGAAGAAAUGUAUAGGAAAACGAAGAUGCACGGUCAGUGUAUCAAACAGUAACUUUGGACACGACCCAUGUCCGAAUGUGUUGAAGCGGUUAUCAGUUGAAGCUGUUUGUGCUCCAACUACUAGCAAUAGAAGGGGAUGAAUGGUUAACAAAGCACCUUUUUAUAUGCAGUUACUUAACAGAAGAAUAAUUGAAUAGUAUAGGUUAAUUUAAGUGUCAUAGUUGUGUUUAGGGAGAAAGUAACUAUGUUGGUGCCGAAGGCACGAGGUUUAUAAUUUUAUUUAAUGAUGUGCUAAGGGGAUUGUAUUGUAUAAAUUAGUUGUUGUUGGGUAGGUGAAUUUGGAGUGAUAGUUCCAGGCCUUUUUAAGUUUUAACUAGAAAUAGGCACUGGGAAGAGGUUGGUGUGAUGGUUUUUCAUUUCAUAAUUUAUGGGGUAAAUUAAACUCCAAAUCAGGUUCUAGUUGGGAGUGGAUCCUACUGUAUCCAUUCUCUACUUUUAUUUAAACUCCAUUCUUCUGUUCA